UGCCGACUACAACAUCCAGAAGGAGUCAACGCUUCACUUGGUUCUUCGUCUGCGUGGUGGUAUGCAGAUCUUUGUUAAAACUCUUACGGGUAAGACUAUUACGCUUGAUGUAGAAAGCAGCGAUACAAUUGAUAACGUCAAGGCGAAGAUUCAGGAUAAGGAAGGUAUCCCUCCGGAUCAGCAGCGUCUGAUCUUUGCCGGAAAGCAGCUUGAGGAUGGUCGUACACUUGCCGACUACAAUAUCCAGAAAGAGUCGACACUUCAUCUUGUGUUGCGUCUGCGUGGUGGUAUGCAGAUUUUCGUCAAGACGCUCACUGGCAAGACCAUCACACUGGAUGUGGAAUCAAGCGAUACCAUUGAUAAUGUAAAAGCCAAGAUUCAGGACAAGGAGGGUAUCCCCCCUGAUCAGCAGCGUUUGAUCUUUGCCGGAAAGCAGUUGGAAGAUGGUCGCACACUUGCUGACUACAACAUUCAGAAGGAGUCAACGCUACACUUGGUUCUUCGUCUACGUGGUGGUAUGCAGAUCUUUGUCAAGACUCUCACUGGAAAGACAAUCACCUUGGAUGUCGAAUCGAGCGAUACUAUCGAUAAUGUGAAGGCUAAGAUUCAGGAUAAGGAGGGUAUCCCCCCUGAUCAGCAGCGUUUGAUCUUCGCUGGAAAGCAACUGGAAGAUGGACGUACCCUGGCCGAUUACAACAUUCAGAAGGAGUCUACUCUUCACCUGGUGUUGCGUCUCCGCGGAGGUAAUUAGAUACUCCCUUGCAUUGCUGUUGCAGAUAGAUAGACAUUUCCUCAUUAUUGCCGAUACAGAUAGAUUCUGCAUUGAUAAAAGAUUGAGCUCGUAAUUUGGA